AAACAGGUAAUAAUAAUCCACACCAACCAACCACCGCAGUGCCCACUCCCAGAAUCUACUCGUCUGUUCUUUGGAUGGGUUUCCUUCUUCACCCUCUUCCCUGAAACCACAUAACCCCAUGGCCAUGGCACUCGACGCGGCACUCUGGAUCGUGAAGAUGACGUGGAUUGCUCUCAGUGGCUGGAUUUCUUCUUGUUUAAUUGUUGCUGACGAAUUUGCCUCUUCUCUACGCUCUGGCGAUAUUGGCCCCUUUCAUGUAGGUUGAUCCAAUUACGCUCUCUUUCGUCCAAGAUGGGUACUUUACUUAUUGGGUAUGCUGCAAGUUUUGUAAUUUUAUAUUGCCCUUCAAAAUAGGCUUGAUUUGAUGUAGUGGGUAUGAAUCAAAAUCUCUCUCUUUUUUCUUUUUUUAUAAGUCUGGCUUGUAUGUUUUUGAGCUGGGGUGAAGUGGUUGGUCAUGGCUUGCCUUUUUUGGGUUGGAGGAAGAUGUGUUUGUUGAGUGAGAUUCAUUGUAUUUCCUUUAAUUGAGGAACUGUGUUUAAGGUUGUUUGUUGUUGUAUAGCUUGUGGAUUGCUUUGUAGCAUACUUUGUUUAGGGAUGAUAGAUGAAUUUGAAUGCUAAGUCUAACACAAUCAUUUGGUUCUCUGUUGUUAUUU